AUGGCAAGUACCAGAAUGGUAAUCAGCAGGAUCCAUGAAGAGCUGAUGAAGCCUCACAGAAGAGAAGACCCAGAAAAACGUAAGGAUACGUUAGAAAUUUCACUGGAAGACAUAAGAUUUUAUGGAGAAACCUUCGGUAACUGCAAUAUAAAUAAAGACCUCGGUAUGGUAUACAACGGAGAAGUUCAAUACGAAAAUGGUUGCAAGGCGGUUGAUAUAAAGCGGUUAAGAAGAUCUGGUCUAGAACCUGGUAUUUGGAGAGAAUUUGAAAUUCCUUUCAAGCAUAGACAUGAGAAUAUCAUUGGUCUUGUUGGCUAUUUUAAGAAAAUGGAUGAAAAAUUCAUUGUUUAUGAACAUGCCUCUAACCAAAGUCUCGACUUGUAUUUAAACGAUGCUGAUUUUUCAUGGACCAAACGACUUAAGAUAUGCGUUGAUAUUGCGAAUGGGUUAGAUUUCCUUCACAGAUGUGAUGUAGGACAAGAGGUGGUGAUACACAGAGACAUGAAAAGUUCUAAUAUUUUACUAACAGACGAUUGGAAGGCAAAAAUCAGCGGUUUUGAGGUUUCUCUAGCAUUUCCAACGAAUCAGGAGAUUAGCUAUGUCGUCAACCCUCUUAACCAAUGCUCACCUGGCUACCUUUACCCACUGUACAAGGAUAAUCCUUACUUAACCAAAGAAUGUGAUAUUUACUCAUUUGGUGUGAUAUUGUUUGAGGUAUUAUGCGGGAAAUCGGCAUGUCAUUGGAAUCGUACGCAUCCCACUCAGCAUUUAGACCGUUUGGUCAAGGAUCAUCAUAGAGAAGGAUCACUUGAAGAUAUAGUGUUUGAUGGCAUAAAGAAACAAAUUAUAGAUUAG